AUGGAAUUCAAAUUUAUACUUCUUCUUCUUAUUGUUGGCUACGCUUCGAGCAAUCCAUUGACUCGCCCAGCUCCCGCUGAACUUGGCGACAACUACAUCAAUCCACUCACCCGUCCAGCUCCAGCUGAACACGAAGACAACUACAUCAACCCACUCACUCGCCCAGCUCCAGCGGAACACGACGAUCAUUACAUCAAUCCACUCACCCGUCCAGCACCAGCUGAACACGAAGAUAACUACAUCAAUCCAUUGACUCGCCCAGCUCCAGCUGAACACGAAGACAACUACAUCAAUCCACUCACUCGUCCAGCUCCAGCUGAACACGAAGACAACUACAUAAAUCCACUCACCCGUCCAGCUCCAGCUGAACACGAAGACAACUACAUCAAUCCACUCACUCGCCCAGCUCCAGCUGAACACGAAGACAACUACAUCAAUCCACUCACUCGUCCAGCUCCAGCUGAACACGAAGACAACUACAUCAAUCCACUCACCCGUCCAGCUCCAGCUGAACACGAAGACAACUACAUCAAUCCACUCACCCGUCCAGCUCCAGCUGAACACGAAGACAACUACAUCAAUCCACUCACUCGCCCAGCUCCAGCUGAACACGACGAUCAUUACAUCAAUCCACUCACCCGUCCAGCACCAGCUGAACACGAAGAUAACUACAUCAAUCCAUUGACUCGCCCAGCUCCAGCUGAACACGAAGACAACUACAUCAAUCCACUCACCCGUCCAGCUCCAGCUGAACACGAAGACAACUACAUCAAUCCGCUCACCCGUCCAGCUCCAGCUGAACACGAAGACAACUACAUCAAUCCACUCACUCGCCCAGCUCCAGCGGAACACGACGAUCAUUACAUCAACCCAUUGACCCGUCCAGCUCCAGCGGAACACGAUGAUCACUACGUCAAUCCACUCACUCGCCCAGCUUGGUAA